AUGCGCUUCUCACAGAAACUCCUAUUCGUGAUCGGGCUAUCCACCUUCGUGGAUGGCCAAACCGGCAAAUACUCUGCCGCUCGGCAUCUGUGGUAUAACACCCCCGGCGAUGGGUUCAGCCAGGGGCUUGCCCUUGGGAAUGGGCGUAUAGGAGCUCUCGUGUUAGGGUCGGCCACUGAGAAGAUCAUUCUGAAUGAGAACUCUGUCUGGAGUGGGCUCUUCGAAGAUCGCAUCAAUGAUGCCUCCUUGGAAGCAGUCCCUCGCAUCCGUGGUCUGCUCAUGAAUGGCAAUUUGACUGAGGCUGGACAACUCGUGCUCGCAAACAUGGCAGCAAACCCUACAACAAGUCGAAUGUUUGGCGUCACUAACGACCUCGUGCUCGACUUUGGUCAUUCUGAUGCAGACUGGCAAAACUAUGAGCGCUGGCUGGAUACACUCGACGGAAAUGCGGGUGUCACUUACGACUACAAUGGUGUCACUUAUAAUCGUGAGAUCACAGCCAAGUUUCCCGAGGGUGUACUUGCCGUGAGAUUGAAUGCCAGUGAGGCAGGCAGCCUCAACGUAACUGUCAGCCUGUCCCGUUCCAAAGGCAUUAUAUGGCAGGGAGCUUCACUCGAGAACAACACAGUGACAAUGGACAUUGGUGGAUCCGAGGCCGGUUCUAUUGCUUUCUCAUCGGCUGUACGUGUGAUUGCAGACGGAGAUAUUACAAGCAACGGUACAAGUCUAGUUGUGACCGGCGCAACUACCGUGGACCUCUUCUAUGAUGCCGAGUCGGAAUUCCAAUGGGACAGCGAGGACCUGUACAAAUCCAGUGUCACGAGCAAAUUGGAAGCAGCAGCUUCUGAUGGAUAUGAGACCCUGCGGACUGAGGCCAUCAGUGACCACAGUUCUCUUGUUGGUCGAGUGGUGCUCGACAUUGGAUCAAGUGGCGAUGUUGGCCUCCUUCCGACAAACGAGAGGAUUGAAAAAUUCAAGGAAGAACCGGACAACGACGUGGAAUUCGUGACACUCACGUACAACUUCGGCCGUCACCUGCUGGUCUCAUCGUCCCGAGACACUGGAGGCGUAGGUCUCGGCGUGCCUGCAAACUUACAAGGUAUUUGGAAUGAUAACUAUACACCACCAUGGGGAGGCAAAUACACUGUCAACAUCAACACCGAAAUGAACUAUUGGCUUGCCGAGUCGACCAACCUCGUGGAAACGCUCCGACCUCUUUGGGACCUUAUGGAACGCAGCCACCAGAGAGGCAAAGACGUCGCGAAGCGUAUGUAUGGCUGUCCGGGCUAUAUGUCACAUCACAACCUUGACCUAUGGGGAGAUUCAGCACCCCACGAUAAUGGCACCGAGUAUACCAUGUGGCCAAUGGCGAAUCUCUGGCUUUUGUCCCAUAUGAUGGAACAUUACCGCUUCACCGGGGAUCGGUCUUUCCUGGAAAAGUCGUGGUCCUUAUUCUACGACGCUGCUACUUUCUACAAUUGCUACCUGUUCAAGUUUGAGGGCUAUACUUCCAGCGGGCCAUCUAUCUCACCAGAGAACAACUUUGUCGUUCCCGAUGAUAUGGCCGUUGCAAGGAAAAAUGAGUCUAUCGACAUCUCACCGACUUUAGACAACUCACUGCUCUACGAGUUUUUCACGAACGUACUAGAGAUUGCCUCGGUUUUGCAAAUUUCCACGACCGGUGAUGAAGUCCUGUCCAACGUGCAGUCCCUCAGGGAUCAGCUACGACCUGCGCAGAUCGGGCAGUUCGGCCAGAUCCAAGAAUGGCGAAUCGACUACGAGGAGGCGUCGCCAGAACAACGCCAUAUUUCCCACCUCUGGGACCUGUUCCCCAACAGUCGCUUUACCCCGCUCAUCAACCAGACACUCGCCGACGCGGCUCGGGUCUCCUUACAGCGGCGCCUCGAUCACGGCGGUGCCGGGACAGGCUGGUCGCGCACUUGGACGGCAGCCUGCUUCGCUCGACUGCUCGAUGGCAACCAGUUCUUCAACCACACGCAGAUCUUACUGCAGAAUCACCCGUUGCAAAACAUGUUCCACAGCAUUGAUGGGUCGCCUACCUUCCAGAUCGACAGCAACUUUGGAAUCGUGGCGGCAGUCACCGAGUCGCUACUUCAAAGUCACGCUGGUGUGGUGCAUUUGCUACCCGCUCUGCCAGACAAGAUCCCGUCUGGGUCUUUCAAGGGCUUGGUGGCCCGUGGAGGGUUCGAAGUCUCUGCUAGCUGGAGCGACGGGCAAUUAGUCUCUGCGAAUAUCGAGUCCCGGCUCGGUAACGCUCUGAAGGUCAGAGUUGCGGAUGGUGUAGAGUUCAAGAUUAACGGCACUGUAGGGGAUGGUGUAGAGACUGCCGCGGGCGAUAUUUUCACCAUUACUGUAUAG